UGUGGGGCCAGAGGAGGCAGUGGGCCCAGUAGGGUGGAGGAGAGGGGAAAAACAUAACCCAACUAGCACCCAUUAUUUUAACGGGCUUAAAAAUAUGAGUAGUUUUAUAAUUAAGGACAUGAGCAACACAUCCAUAGCUGAGCUAAAAAGGAAAGGAAAAUAGUGUUUUGUUUUUGUUUUCAAGACAAAGAUAAUUGUCUUGAUAUUUGUCAAUAUGGGAUUUUUGAUAUUUGUCAAUAUGGAUAUUUGUCAAAAAGGGAUUAUUAAGAACUACUGUGUUUACCCAAAUCCAAUAUGACUCUGAAUUUAAGAUUAGCCCUUUUUAAAAAUUGAGGCUGAACACUGGUGAAGUGUGUGCGUGCAUCAGCGAGGGGCCCAUUUUAAAAUUUUGUCUCUGGGCCCACUCCAGGCUUGUUACAGCCCUGUAUUUAUGAUAUUUACCUGACCCUCUGGUAAUAUGAACUUGGGGGAAACCUAGAAGCCCUUCCCACGAUCAGUGAGAAUGGCUUGCAGGCAGGAUGCGAGGAAGGCAGGUUACACUCACCCUCCCCACAGACGAUCAGAUCUUGCUGGCUCGCCUGGGUGGGCGAAUUGCCCAUUCAGAUGAACACUUGACUACUGCCGCCUGCAUCUCUGGAGGUCCGGGAAGGGUGCCAGGAUGUGAUGUCUUGCGUCACCCCUCCCCCUGUAGCUCCCAUUACGGAGUGGUGCAUUAUGGGAAUCCACCUCCCCUCCCCCAAUAGAGGUUGCUCAACACAUUGCAAUACUUUAGUAGGUCAACGUAUUGUCCUGCUUUGGCUUUUGGAUCUCUCUCACUUUCAAGCAUACAAAUAAUCCCCUAUGAAGGUCAUCUCAUCCACUGGCACAUCUGGUGGCAGCAGGGAGUACCUCCCUAUUAACUAUAGCACGACUCCCGUGAUGGUGAAUUUGUAUAUAGUGCCUUUCAGCAAUAGCUCUUCUGACAGUGGCUUACAUAGAAAAGUAAAUGAUAGAUAAAUAAGAGCCUUGCCCUUGUCCCAAAAGGACCAGUCUGAAAGGAAACAUAAGGUAGGCACCAGCAGCCAUCAUGGGAGGGAUGCUGUCUUGGGGCUGGACAGGGAGAUAUGCACACGCUUUCCGUGAAUAUCUCGUGGUGGCCAUGAGUUCCCUAAGUUAAAGAGAUCCUUUUUGUGAAGAGGUUAGUCCUGUAUCUAUCGCCAAUACACUUACUUGAGCCCCUUUUCCACUCACCCCGCAACUUUUGCAACCUUAACUCUUUGCUCCCUGCACCCAGGAAACUAAUUCCUCCUCUUUUUGGGGAAAAAGAACAAAGAUCAGAGAGGUAGAAAAAGACAAGAGCUGCACAACGAGCACUGCGGGUUCCUGUUGGACUAUGGCCCUUUGCGGGUCACACGCAUCCUGAAGGGGGUGGGAAGACACUCUAUCUCUCUGCUCUAUCAUGCUUUGUCUCCGAGAGGAAGGGAAUUGUGGAAAGCGGCGGGAUCCGCUGCAGAGCAAAUGCCCCUUUUGAUGCUGAAUGGAGCAUUUCCUGGGUGGGUGGAGCUAGUGUCCAUCGUGACGUGAGGCAGCAAAGCGACUUCACUUCCCUGCUUUUAGCCGGAGGCGCUCCUGGAAGCGUCUUUCACCCCGAAGUCAGAAGGAGCUGCAGCGUCCACGCCUCUCCCUUUGGGGGAAGGUGACCCUGGUCUUCUCCCGCCCGGGCGGGGAUCUGUGGAAUUUGGGUGUCACAGACCUCCAUCCUUGGAAGGUACCGUGUUGGAGGCUGCUUUGGAGCAGAUUAAAAAUGGAAAAGGGAGACUCGGCUGGCCAUGAAGCAGGAAAAGGCCCUGAGGCCAACCAGGCUGGGAGCACUGGGGAAUUCUGGGAAAGGACAGAGAAGAAGAUCCAGGGAGAGGACACCAGCAGCUCAGAUGCAUGGUGCAAGCGCUUCAGGCAGUUGUGCUACCAGGAGACCAAGGGGCCUUGAGAGGUUUGCAGCCAACUCCACCACCUUUGCCGUCAGUGGUUGAAGCCAGAGAGAUGCACAAAAGCUCAGAUGCUGGACCUGGUGAUCCUCGAGCAGUUCCUGACCGUUCUGCCCCCGGAGAUGGAGAGAUGGGUGAGAGAAUGCAGAGCGGAGACCAGUUCCCAGGCGGUGUCCCUUGCAGAAGGUUUCCUCCUGAGCCAGGCAGAGGAGAAGCAGCAGGAAGAUCAGCAGGAUCUCCUCUUCUGUCUGUUUCAGACGCAAGGACUCUUGACAGAAGCGGUCCCUGAUUUCCACGAGGCAGAGACGGACCCAUCGGACGCUAGGCAGACACCCUUGUCCAGGGAGAUCUUGCAUGAGGAGGGCAGUGGUGCCUCUUUGCUGGGUGCUGGCAUGACUCUGCCUCUGCAUUCUCAGCCAUCUCUUCCUUCAGGUGGAGUGGGAGGCGCUUCAGGACGACCAGAUCAGGGCCAGGUGACCUUUGAGGACGUGGCCGUGCAUUUCUGAGGAGGAGUGGGCUCUGCUGGAUUCUGGCCAAAAGACUGCACAGGGAAGUCAUGGAAGAGAAUGGUUGGAUUGUGGCCUCUCUGGGAUCGCAGCCUUCCAAAGCAUCUUGAGAGAGGGAGAUCCAGCAUCUGUUAAGCAUAUAGAAGAACAGGCCUUGUUGAAGGAGAACCAGUAUGAUUUCUUCAAGGGAAGGUAUUGCCUCACUAACCUUUUGGAGUUUUUGAGAGUUUCAACAGGCAUAUGGA